UUGUGAAAAGCUUUUGUACUUUUCGCUCGCAUAAUAAAGUUUAUUUUGACAUUAAUCAAACUAUAUUUUUUUGAAAUUAAGUAAAUAUUGCAUUUAAUUUGCAAAAUGAUGCCGUUCUUAAGUGUAUUCUUGUGUUCUGAUUAAAUGUUCAAAGAAUGAACGAGCUAACAAAUGUUUACCCCAUAGUUUUCCCCUGUUAUGUGAUAAAGUUUUACAAACAAGUUCUCAUUAAUGUGAUUAAACUAUACAAAGUGCAACUGGUGAACAUUUAAUUUUUAAAGUUUCCUUAACGCAAUAUUUACUACCAUGUCUCAAGAAAGGAAAAUAUCAGAAUUAAAGGGAGUAUUUUCGGAAACUUUGAAAGAUCUUCUUACCAUAAGUCUUCAUACUCAAAAUGUGUGCACAGAACUGGUCAGUCACCUAGAAAAUGAGAAUUUUAGUAUGAUAUCAGCGGAUGCUGAAAGCCUAGGAAACACACUUGCGAAUAUUUUAAAAAUGCUUAAAGGAAAUUCUACAGUUUUUGUUGACACCCUGUUAUCAGCAUUUAGUUCCAUGAAUUCACAGAGACCAGCAAAUUUUUUUGCACAGAUGUAUUCAACUUUAUUAGAAUGUAAACAUAAUGCAGUAAUUAACACAGAUGGGAGGUUUUCUUUUGCCGAAUAUGUGGACCGUGAUAUACAAACUGAUUCUAACGAAGAAGAAAAUAAAAGUAAUAUAAAUAUGCAAGCACCAAUUGCUUCUACAAGUAAGGAAACAAAUGAUAGGUUCUCUAAGGAGGAAACAACUGACAACAGUACUCACAUAAAAAAAGAAUGUGAUUUCGAAAAUGCUGCAAGUUUGAAUGUAUCUAAAUCUGUAGAAGAUUUAGAUGAGACCAUUCCUGGAAGGUUAAGCUUAAAUAGACAAGAUACUUCAGAUACAACACAUACUAAUGAGUCUUGGAUGGACACUCUUCAAAGAUCACAAGAUUCGUCGAAGAAAUCGAAUGGAAGGAAUAGCGAUGAGAACAUGGUUGUAUUGAUAAAGGAUGACGAGGAAGAACCCGAUGGCUUCUACUCCGUUCCUACUCAAAAGAUAGUGCGGAAAACCAGUACGCCUUUACCUAUUUCUAAAAGUUUAGUUAAGACAAAUACUUUACCUGUCCAUGUAGAGAUGGAAGAUCACAAUACAGAAAGCAUGCAGGCAAUUCGUACACCUAAAAUGGUGAAAAAUCAGAAUAAUUUAAAACAGAAAAAUCAAAAUUCAAUAUCUAAUGUUAGUAAUGAUCAAUUGCACGAAAACCUACCUUCAACCUCGAGUUGUAAAUCACCAGAACAUCAAAUUUCCGAUGAUAUCGAUGAUAAAACUAAAGAACACUAUUCGAACAUAGAUAGUAUAAUAGACAAAGUUAGUACUGAAGAUUUUGAGGAAAUAAUGAAAUCGCCUACAAAUAUUUCCGAUGAUAUCGAUGAUAAAUCUAAAAAACUUGAUUUGAAUAUAGAUAGUGUUGACAAAGUUAGUACUGAAGAUUUUGAGAAAAUAAUGAAAUCGCCUACAGAUCUUUCCGAUGCUAUCGAUGGUAAAACUGAAGAACGUUAUUUGAAUAUAGAUAGUAUAGACAAAGUUACGACUGAAGAUUUUGAGAAAAUAAUGAAGUCGCCUACAAAUAACAAAAACAAAAAUCUUAACAAAAGACGUACUACCGAUGAGCUGAUGAACAUCACUUCAUUUGAAGAAUAUUUUGACAUAAAAGAAAAUUCAAGUAUUGAAAUUGAGUUAGAUGAUAAAAAAGAAGGUAAAACGUCUCAAGCAUGUGCUACAGAUGACGAAAAUGAAGCGAUAGUCGAUGACCCAGUACAAUCAGUACAGUCACCACGUACUAGUUUGUCUGAAAAAGAUAAUGUUGGUGACAUUAGCAAGCAUUCUGAUGAUUAUUACAAUGUUUAUUCCGUAGAAACUCAGCCUAUUUCCUCAGACGAAGAAAACGAAAGAAAUUCCGAAAGACAAGAAGAAGAUAAUAGUUCGCAAAAAAGCCCUUGCGACAAUUUGGCAGCUAACGAAAACGAAAAUUACAUUGAGAAUGAUUCUUCAAGAUCAAGUAACCCACAAAUUGAUGACAGUUUUGAUUCGGAUGCUGAUCUCAAUGUUGAAGGAGUUCCUGAGGAAAUUUCAAAUACAACAGAUGCUGUUAUCGGCGGGGACAAUGAUGAAGAGGUUCCUGAGGAAAUUUCUCAGGCGACCAAUAAAUGUUUCAGCGAUUCGGAUGAGACAGAUAUUGAAAAAACACCUGUAAUAAAAAAUUCAGUACAAGUACAACUUAAUUUCGACAACUUUGCUUUGGAAAAUUCUAAUUCUAGGGCAGAAUCAAUUAAUUCAGAGAGUUCAUUUGACUUCAUCAACAGCGAAUGUCAAGAAGAGGAAACUACCGGAAGUAAUGAAAUAUCUACCCAAGAAGUAGUUCAUAGUGCGAAAGGAGAAACUCAAGAAAAUAAUGAAAUAUCUACCCAUGAAGCAGCUCCUAGUACGGAAGGAGAAACUCAAGAAAAUAAUGAAAUAUCUACUACCCAUGAAGCAGCUCAUAGUACGGAAGGAGAAACUCCAGGAAAUAAUGAAAUAUCUAUCCAUGAAGCAGCGCGUAGUGCGGAAGAGGAAACUCCAGGAAAUAAUGAAAUAUCUACCGAUGAACCAGUUGAUACUGCAAAAGACCAGCAAAAUGAAAAUAAUGAAGACACUUUGAUGGAUGUUGAUUUGGUAGAAUAUCUGUCAGAUUGUGAAGACGAAAAUCAGGGUCGUAAUUCUUCUCAAGACACUAUUUGUUAUUAUGUUAAGACUGAUCCGGAUGAGCCUAAAACAGAAGGGGAGGCAACAAAGUCAAAUAUAAAAGAGCCAGAUAUAGGGGAUGAACUUCUUGAGUUACUUAGUGACCAAAAGUUCCCGGACUAUAUGCCUAAUGACGAUAAUAUAGAUAAAGAAGAUGAAGAAGAGGCUAACAAAGUAUUAGAUAUCUUAAAUAAUGAUAACCCAGAUAACGAAGGUGAUGAAGAAGAGGCUGACAAAGUAUUAAAUCUGUUAAAUAAUGAUGAUUCCGUACUAAGCGAUUCUAUUAUAGAUUCGGAUACGGAAUUAAGUUUAAGUGACUGUAAUAUUUUUGGAAAUGAUAAAGUUUUGACUGUAGACAGUGAAGAAGGUGACACAAGUAAAGAUCAGAAAGGUGACUGUUACGUACUAUUAGAAAGAUUACCAGAAAAAUCAUUAAUCAAAUAUAAAAGAUCCUUAAACGAUAAUAUAGAUUGGUUGUGUGAUAUUGACAAUUUGUCCAAUAUAAAAAAGACUGUACUACCGAAAAAGCGUCGCCGCCAAUCAGUGAAAGAGGUAUCAGCAGAAACUAGACAUUUAAGUAGCUCGUCUAGUGACAGCGAUGAUGGAACUGAUGAGAACAGUGAUACCAGUAGUGAUACCCAUAGUGAUAACUUCAGAAACAGUUUCAAUCUUGAUUCCGAUCAACUUGAUAAACUCGAUGCAGCUGUUGCUGAAGCGAUUCGCAACAAUUUGGAAAAAGGAUCCGAGGCCGACAGCGAUAGUAGCAGUGAUAGUGAUGAAUCCGUUAACAAGGAAAAGAAAAAAAAGAAAACGCCAGAAGAUGCCAAUGAAAAAGAUAGACAAAAGGAACCACUGUCAAAGGAAGAAUUAGCGAAGAAAGCGUGGAGGAACGAUGCCCUGUUAAGAGGAAAAUUGUCAUCCUCCGAAUCCAAUGAUUCUGAAGCAGAUAAAAAAGAUAAAAUUAAAUCAAAACACAAAAGAUAUGAAGACGACACUGAUUUCGGAAUUUCCUCAGAUCAUCUUAAUACAGAUUCGGAUAGCGACAAUGCUGUCGCCAGAUUAGACGAAAAACUUAAUAAAAACCAAAUAAGUCCUAUAAAACAAAACAUACCAGUUUCAGAUUCAGACUCUGAUUCGGACAGUGAUGUGCAAUAUGUUUCACCCAUCAAGAAAGAUAAUGAUGAAGUGGAUGCGUUUAGUCCAUCUCAGAAAGGAAGAAGAAAUAUUAGAUCCAUUCAAAGUGAUGAAAUUUUGGCGGUUGAAACUCAAAUUGCGAAAAAAGAAGAAUUGGAAAGAAUAGAGAGGUUGAGGGGUCGUAACAGUAAAUUAUUAGAAAGCCUGUCACAGUCCACUCCGACUGAAACUGAGCAACAUCCACCUUUAAUCUUGGAUGUGGAAGAAAAAACCAACAAAAUAUUGGUAAAAGUGACUCCACAGCUCAACAAAAGACUAAAACCACAUCAACGGAAGGGUGUAAAAUUUAUGUGGGAUUCUUGUUAUGAAAGCCUUAAACGUAUAAAGCAACAUCCUGGCUCCGGAUGCAUUUUAGCACAUUGUAUGGGGCUUGGUAAAACAUUUCAGGUUUUGGCUCUUGUUCACGCUUUAUUCACUCACGACGAAAUAAACGCCAAACAUGUACUAAUAGUAUGCCCUUUAUCUACCGUCAAUAACUGGAGGAAGGAAGUGAAGUUUGUGUAUAAAGGAUUACGAGACCAGGAUGAUAUUCAUGUAUAUACUUUACAUUCUAGAAAUGACAUUAAACAAAAAUAUGACGUUGUAACCAAGUGGCAUCUGCAAAAAAAAUCCAUAUUAAUUAUGGGAUAUGAAGCCUUUGAGACAGUAACCAAUCAUGGGAAACUGGACAAAAAUCUCAGCGUACAGAGGAAAGAAAAAAUUCUUGAAGCUCUCGUUGAUCCAGGUCCUGAUUUGGUAGUUUGUGAUGAAGGGCACUUAAUAAAGAAUAAGAAAGCAGUAAGAGCCCAAGCCCUAAAUAAGAUUAAAACUAAAAGGCGUAUUGUAUUAACUGGUACCCCACUACAAAACAAUCUAGUAGAAUAUUACCACAUGGUUCAUUUUGUUAAGCCAAAUCUGCUGGGUACUUUAAGUGAAUUUAGAACCAAUUUUGUUAAUCCUAUAACAAAUGGCCAAUAUGAAGAUUCUACUUCUUAUGACAUUAGUUUAAUGAGAAAAAGAACACACGUUUUGCAUAAACUUCUUGGUGAAACUGUUCAGCGAGUCGAAGACACAGAAUUGGAGAUAUAUUUGCCAAAAAUGUUAGAUUAUGCUGUGUUCAUACAACUGCAUCAACUUCAAUGUGAUUUGUACAACGACUAUUGUAAUAGACAUCCCCCAGAUGAGAAAAAAUCAGCGUCUACCUUUCUCUCAGACGUCCACAUGCUUCAAUAUAUAGGCGCACAUCCUCAUUUGUUAAACGUUAUAGAAGCCUCUAAAAAUAAAAAAAUCAAACAACAAGAUGUUAUUUGUGAAGACGAUGAAAUUAUAGAUAUGGGAAAUUGGUGGAAAGAUAAAAUGCCUACCGAUGCUUCUGAAAAACUGGAGUAUGGACAUAAGAUGCUAGUUUUAAAGACAAUUAUUGAAGAAUGUGAGGAGGUUGGUGAUAAAUUGCUGGUUUUUUCACAGAAAAUCAUUGAAAUGGAUUUGAUUGAACAUUUUCUUGCGAAAAUCGGCACCAAAGGAUGUAGGUCCUGGAGAAAGAAAGUAGAUUAUUAUCGGAUGGAUGGUACAGUGAAGCCUGAAGAACGCUCAUGUAUAUGUGAUCGGUUUAACGAGAAAAAUUCAAAAGUUAAAUUACUGUUAAUGUCUGUCAAAGUAGGAGGUUUAGGUUUAAAUUUGACAGCUGCCAAUAGAGUUGUAAUCAUGACUGUUAACUGGAAUCCUUCCUACGACACUCAAAGUAUAUUCCGUACAUACAGAUUUGGACAAACGAAGGAAGUUUAUGUUUACAGACUUAUAGCAUUAGGUGCGAUGGAAGAAAAAAUCUACCAGCGGACAGUUACAAAAUUAGCUAUUGCUCACAGAGUAAUUGAUAAACAUCAAAUAGAUAGACAUUACAAAAGCAUGGAUCUUCAGGAAUUGUACGCUUGUCGACCGAGUGCUGAUAACGAGCGGCCCACUCCCAACGUUCCCGAAGAUAAAAUGCUGGCUAAACUUAUCCUGCAAUUACCAUGCAUUUAUAAAUAUCAUGAACAUAAAGCUCUAUUAAUUGAUAGACAUGAAGAGAAGUUGACUGAAGACGAAAUGGCAGCAGCUUGGGAAGAUUUUAAAACUAGUAAUAAAAAAGAAAAAGAUCUUCCUCCGCCGCCCUCACCGCAAUUACUACAAAAUGGCGUGAACAUGCCAACUUUUGAACAAGCUUACAAUUUGGGUCGGUCGAAUUUAGUCCAAGCUUCAACAAGUUGGCAACAUCCAAAUCACAUGCGUCCAAAUUCGGCGCAUUCAAAACAGAUGCGUCCAAGUCCGAUGCAUUCGAAUCAGAGGCGUCCAAAUCCGACGAAUCCAAAUCCGACGCAUCCAAAUCCGACGCAUCCAAAUUCGACGUAUCUUAAUCGGGUGGAUAAAAAUGUUAAUGCUCUAAUAGCGGCAUACAUGGCGAAUGACCCACAGUUUUUGAAAAAAUUUGAAAAAAAACUCAGGCCUUCGCCGGAAUUUGAAAAAUUGUAUAAGGAGAUGGACAAAAGGGCUAAUGCUUCAACUUCUAGGCCAACCGUACACGAAGAAAAAAGGACUAAUAAUAAUUUAAUAGAUAAAAUGCCUUCCGUCAUUGUACAAAAUGUAUCGGACGACAGACCCAUUAUAUUUCAUGUAGUAGAUGACAAAGAUACUCCAUCAACAUCUGCAGCAAAUGUAGGUUUUCCGUCAGCUGUUAAUCGAAGCAGUUCAACUAUCGCAACGAAUUCUGCCGGCAAACCAUCAACAUCUGCACCAAAUGGAAGGAAUCAAAUUCGACCAAAUAGUUUUGUUAAAAGUACAAAUAAUCCGUUUCAAGAAGUUUAUAAGCAAUAUCAACAAAUCACUGCUAAAAGAAAAAAUCAAUUUGAAGCGCCAAAUAUCAGAAAAAAAAUUAAAAUGCCUGUUGCUGCACAAAGUUCGACUAAUGCGGUAGUACUAGAUCCUAGAACUGUACUGCCAAGUAGAGAGAAUAUGUCCAACGAAUCUGAGAAAAGGAGGUUAAUAUUAUCGGCUUUAAAGGAACUAGGAGUGAGUGUUACUGAAGAAAGAGCUGAUAAAGAGAAUGAAGAUCAACUAAAUGUAAGCUCAGCUGCGUCGAAGAAAACUAGUACCGAUAACAGAGAUCUAAAUAAAAAUUUAAAAGGAAAUAUAGUUUCCUUUUCAAGUAAUGGAUCCAAUGAGGUUACAGAUCUUACUAAGGAUCACGAGGAAAAUUUUAAUUCAGGUCAAAACUCUAAGAGAAUGACUCAAAAUUUAAAUCGGAGAGAGAAGACUGUGACGGAAAAUGACGAUGUAAUUUCCCUGUUAUAAAAAAAGAACUGGCAUAGUAGGUGUUCCCGAAAACCUUCAAGUGGAUAUUUAUCUGCGCUGUAUAUUUUGUUUAUGAUAAUUGGUUUUUAGUUUAUAAUUAUUAUUUAUUAGAUUAGAAUAUUUUAUAGAAUGUAAAUAUGUAAUAAUUAUUUGUUAUCUACAUAAAAAUAUAAUCUACUUUUUCUCA